AAAGCUUAUCAAAAAUCUGGGAUUUAUACUUCAAUGAAUCUGAGGUACUAUUUUAUACACCUGUUAUCUGCCAAAGUAAGCACUAGCCAAAUUUUAUAACUGAUGAUCUUUCUUACCUGUGUUGGGGACAUACACAUAGAAACAGUCGUCUCGGCUACUUGCGAAUUAUUGAUACGUGAAGAUCAAAAGGUUUUCGCAAAUGAUUAUCGGUUUCCUCGAAAGUGCUUCAGAUAAUGCUGAUGUAAGUUCAAUUCCUACCUGGACUGUGGCUUUAGACAUGCAGGCGAACGCCACGAAAAGCUUUUCUUUAAGGUUUAACUUGCAACCUAUUCCGCAGACGACGGUGAACAGCAUCCUGAUGAUGAUAGCUGUCAGCAAGAUUCCAACGCAGAUCGACACCACCGGCCCAUCUAAUUCGUUGAUUUUGAUAGACGCUCCUGUCAGGCCGAACAGAAUAGGCUCAAAGAUCAUCCAGAAAAUUUCGAAUGCGGUUGCAGCUGGAUUAUCUUCUAUCUCCCAACCUGAGCCAGGAUAGACUUUCAUUAAUAAUAUUUUUGGUAGCAACCACUUGAAAAAUAUUUUCAUAAUAUUGCUUGGAUCGAUAAAAAUAAAUCGGGGAGAUCUUGUCGGUACAAA